AUGAUAACGGGAAGCGAAUUCUACAAAGUGAUGUGUGCGAUGGCACCACUCUACUUCGCCAUGUUCGUAGCCUAUGGAUCGGUCAAGUGGUGGAAGAUCUUCACGGCUGAGCAAUGCUCCGGUAUCAACCGUUUCGUCUCUGUUUUCGCCGUCCCAAUCCUCUCUUUCCACUUCAUCUCACAAAACAACCCUUACAAAAUGGACACCAUGUUCAUCCUCGCCGACACUUUGUCCAAGAUCAUCGUCUUCAUCUUGAUCUCUCUAUGGGCCGUUCUCUUCAAAUCCGGUGGCCUCGAUUGGCUCAUCACUCUCUUCUCCAUCGCCACUCUCCCUAACACUCUCGUUAUGGGCAUCCCUUUGCUUCAAGCCAUGUAUGGAGAUUACACUCAAAGCCUCAUGGUCCAACUCGUUGUUCUUCAAUGCAUCAUUUGGUAUACUCUACUACUCUUCCUCUUUGAGCUCCGGGCAGCGAGGUUGCUUAUCAGAACCGAGUUUCCGGGUCAAGCAGCCGGGUCAAUAGCCAAGAUCCAAGUCGACGAUGACGUCAUCUCCUUAGACGGCAUGGACCCGCUCCGUACAGAAACCGAAACCGAUAUGAACGGUAGGAUCAGGCUGAGGAUCCGACGGUCCAUAUCGUCCGUACCGGAUUCUGUUCUCUCCUCCUCCUUGUGCUUAACCCCAAGAGCCUCAAACCUUUCCAACGCGGAGAUUUUCUCCGUCAACACUCCUAACGGUUUCUUUAACGGAGGAGGAAGCGGGACGCUUCAGUUUUAUAACGGUAACGAGAUCGUGUUUUGUAAUAACGGAGAUUUAGGUGGGUUCGGGUUUACCCGACCCGGAUGUGGUGUGAGUCCGAGGAGGCUCUCCGGUUAUGCAUCAUCCGAUGCUUACUCGUUGCAGCCGACGCCACGUGCCUCGAACUUCAACGAGCUUGACGUUAACGGAACCGGUACGCCGGUUUGGAUGAAAUCUCCUGUCGCCGGGAGAAUAUUCCGGCAUACGUCGUCGCCGAAGAUGAUGUGGGAGUCUGGUCAGAGACAUCAUGUAGCGAAAGAUAUCAACGUACCGGAGAAGGAGAUCAGCUUCAGAGACGCACUUAAAGUUGCACAACAGCCUACGGCCGGUGGUGCUGCUUCUAUGGAGGAAGGAGCCGCCGGAAAAGAGACAGCUCCGGUGGCACCUAUUGGCAAGCAAGAAAUGCCAAGUGCCGCUGUGAUGGUGCGGCUUAUACUAACAGUCGUGGGACGCAAGCUUUCUCGAAACCCUAAUACCUACUCCAGCGUCUUAGGUCUUGUCUGGUCACUUAUAUCCUUCAGAUGGAAUAUACCGCUGCCGAACAUAGUGGCAUUUUCGAUAAAGAUCAUAUCAGAUGCAGGUCUUGGGAUGGCCAUGUUUAGUUUAGGUCUGUUCAUGGCGUUGCAGCCAAGGAUGAUCGCUUGUGGGACGAAGAAGGCGACAAUGGGAAUGUUGAUUAGGUUUAUCUCAGGUCCCCUUUUCAUGGCUGCUGCUUCUCUUCUUGUCGGAUUGAGAGGUUCAAGGUUACAUGCUGCCAUCGUGCAGGCGGCUCUACCGCAAGGGAUAGUACCGUUUGUGUUUGCGAGGGAAUAUGGUUUGCAUCCGGAUUUACUCAGUACAUUGGUUAUCUUUGGUAUGAUAGUAUCUUUACCAGUAACUAUUCUCUACUACGUGCUCUUGGGCCUAUGA